AGAAGGAAAGCAUGUUUCUCAAUACGUCCUUCCCGCCCUCAAGUCGUGCCAGUAAUGACCGACAAGCCAAUCGGCUGCCCCUGCCAUCGAGUGCGAGCAAGCUGGCGUUUCAACCGGCGGCUGCGGCAGGACCGGGGCCUUUCGGCAGCUGCCAGGCGACUGCGGGCGGCGCGGCCAUGGCUGCUGCGUACCACCACCUCAAAGGUCCCGCGGCGGCGGCCGCGUACUCCAUGAACGGCAUCGGACUGCACACCUCGGCGGGCGUCGAUCUGCUUCACCCAGGCUAUCCCGUGCACGGAGCGGUACGGCUGGACAAGUAUCGUGAGGAUUGGGAUCAACCACCGGCACUGGAUGACGUCUGGUACGGAUCGGCUGGCUGCCCGAGAGGACACGAUGCACAUGACGUCUACGAUUGGUCGUGGUAUGCGUCAGGACCAGCUCCCCGCAAGCAGCGGCGCGAACGAACAACGUUUACGCGGGCCCAGCUGGAUGUGCUCGAGGCGUUGUUCAGCAAGACCCGCUACCCUGACAUCUUCAUGCGUGAAGAGGUGGCGCUCAAGAUCAGCCUUCCGGAGUCCAGGGUUCAGGUGUGGUUCAAGAACCGUCGCGCCAAGUGCCGCCAGCAGCAGCAACAGCAGCAGAACGGCUCCGCUUCCUCCAAGCCCCGACCCAAGAAGGCCAAGAGUCCCGCGCCGUCCUCCAGCCCGACGUCGUCGAAUCGGGGCGAGUCCCCGUACAAGCCUUCGGCGCUGGUCGCCUCCUCCCCGCUGGCUAGCGCCGCCGCCUCGCCGCUCCACCAACAGGCGAGCGCCAUCUGGAGUCCCGCGGCCAUCAGUCCAGCCGUGGCCGAACUCAUGAACGUGGCCCACCAGCGGUCCCCCUACCACACGGGCUCCGCCACGUCCGCCCCUUCUCACGUCGUCCAAGGACCCUCCGUGUCCGUGGGCCAGGGCGGCCUGUCGACCGGCGUGUCUCAGCACGGGCCGCCUCACACGCUCCAGACCGGAAGUUGCUACGCCCCCGCGGGACCCUACGGGUCGCCGCACUACUACACCGGCAUGGACUACCUGAGCGGCCAGAUGCACCAGACGCCGCCGCCUCCGCCGCACGCCUCCUCCCUGCAGGGUCCGCACCCGACGUCUCACCAUCAAGACCGACCCGGGGUGUUGAGUACGCGGACGCCUCCUUCUGGCGACUGCCUGGAGUACGGCGCCUCGUCGGCGGGUGAAAAGGCGAGCGGUGCUCCAUGGAAGUUCCAGGUUCUUUGAGGGCCAACAAAAAAACAGCUGAACCCGCGGGUGUGCGAGUGUUUGUGGGGGCGGGUGGGCUCUUCUCUCGCGCGUGUUUGUUUGCCCAUCACGCUUGGAGCAGCCUGCGAGUAUGUGCGCCGCCCUCUUGUGAUACGCCCGGGACAAUCGCAUCGCUUCGCCACUUCUCCUUCGUGUGUGUGUGUGCCUGGAUGUGCGUGUGCAUGUGUGUGUGUACAUACGGAACAUUUUGUAGAGGGCUACCCGUCGUCAACAGUGACGUCGAUGCUCCCACGUACCAUACGGCGGGAACGUCUCAUCUGGACCUCGACUUGCGCUGCCUGCCACGAACACGCCACGUCAUGGGCGCGAAAAAAAAAAACGAAAUAGGAGGGGAGCGAUUGAAUCUCCGAAUGCCAUUCCCCGGCUCUCCUCCGCCCGCUUCACAAAUUACCGCCAUCAGCCACCAAGUGAAACGCAUCAGUUACCGUCAACAAGCGACGGCAUCCGACCAUCGGCGACAUCAGUAGCACAAGAAACAGCAGCAGCAGCGGCAUUAUCAUCGGCAAGUCUCCAUGGAGGUCCCCGCUCUUUUACCGCCGCCGGCCAUGUGUCAGUGCGCGCGGCAAGCAAGUGCGUCAUCUCGUAUUGCUAACGAGGAUGCUGGACGCUUGACUUUCAGCUAAACUUCUAUUUAAGCUGUAAAUAAAGAUUGAAACAAAAAAAAAACGAAUAGGAUGAAAAA